GAUGGCUUUUCGAUUCCAACUAUAUUUAUGGGAAUUAGGGUUUCAUCUGUUAGUUAUAUGCUUGCAAUUGACGAUUUGUUGCUGAUUACUCUGUUUCAUCGAAUCAAAAUUCUCCAACUUUCCUUUUUUCGGAAUCAUGUUCUUCUUGUCUUGUUCUUGUCUGAUAUCGUCUAAAUAUUCUUUACAUGAAUUAUUUAUUCAAAGACUUUUCGACGAUAAUGCCAGUGGCAAUCGUUUAGUAGUUAAUGUAAUAGACAGGACCAGUGAUGGGUCAAUAUCAUUCCUUUCGGUCCCAUUGCAAUUUGCAGAUUAAUGUCAAUAAUGCUACUAAUGUGCAAUCCUCUCUGUCAAAAAUUGGAACUUUAUGAGUGAAGUCAUUAUAAAGUGACAAUGGACUCACAUGUAUGCAGACAGAUCCUCCAAAUCUUCGAAAAUGAAACAGAUGAGUCUCUUGUGGUUUGUUCUUGUUAGCUUUAGUGUUGCUUCUGCACAACCAUGCGUGAACAACGGGUUUUUUAGACCCAAUAGUACAUAUGACAUUAACCGUGCUCUCGUCCUCUCUACUCUUGCUUCAAAUGUCAGGGCUCGUAACGGUUUCUAUAAUGCAUCGAUUGGCCAAGAACUUGAUCGAGUGUAUGGAGUGGGGAUGUGUAUCCCUGGCGCUGAACCAGAGCUGUGCUUAGAUUGUAUCGAGAAGGCGUCUGACGGGUUAUUACAGAGCUGUCCUAACCAAACAGAAGCCUUUACAUGGUCUGGUGGAGGUAAAACUCUUUGUAUGGUACGUUACUCCAACCGUUCAUUAUCUGGAUCACUUGAUAUGGACCCUCCUUCAAAAGGGUACAAUGAUGGGGAUAUCAAAUCUAAUGUAACAGAGUUUAAUAGAAUUUGGGAAGAGUUAACGCUUAGAAUGAUAGUCGAGGCUUCUACAGGCAAGGAUGCAUCAAUAUUGUCUAAUCAUAAGUACUAUGCAGCCGACAUAGCAGCGUUGACAGCUUUCCAGAAUAUAUACGCAUUAAUGCAAUGCACACCGGAUUUAUCUUCGACAAACUGUAAAACCUGUCUGUUGAAAAGUGUUGGUGACUAUCAAACCUGCUGCCAUGGGAAGCAAGGUGGAUAUGUAUUUAGGCCAAGCUGUAUUUUCCGGUGGGAUCUGUAUCCCUUUAACGGGGCUUUUGAUCAUAUUACAUCGACAGCGCCACCAUCAUCUCGUCCAGCACCUCCGCCUCAAGUGCCAGCUUCUAUGGAACUUACUAAAACCCAUAAAGAUAAUAAAACAAUCUCAAAAGGAGUCGUCAUGGCAAUUGUUGUUCCGGCUGUAAUUACCUUCUUGGUAUUGGCUGCUCUAGGAUUUGCUGUUUGCGGGAGGAGGAAGUCAUACCAAUCACUUGAUCGUCAGACUGGCAUUGAUAUUACAACUACACAUUCACUGCAAUUUGAUUUGAAGACAAUCGAAGCUGCAACAGAUAAGUUUUCAGAGAGGAACAAGAUUGGUCAGGGUGGAUUUGGAGAAGUUUUCAAGGGUGUGCUUCCAGACGGGACAGAAGUUGCUGUGAAAAGGCUGUCAAAAACAUCGAGUCAAGGCGCACGAGAGUUCAAGAACGAGGCUGUUCUGGUGGCAAAGCUUCAGCACAGAAACCUGGUUAGGCUGCUUGGUUUUUGUUUGGAAGGAGAAGAGAAGAUACUUGUCUACGAGUUUGUACCUAACAAAAGCCUCGACUACUUCCUGUUUGAUCUUUCAAAACAAGGCCAGUUGGACUGGAAAACACGUUACAAUAUCAUUGGCGGGAUUGCUCGUGGAAUUCUCUAUCUUCAUCAAGAUUCACGACUCACAAUCAUACACCGCGACCUCAAAGCGAGUAACAUUCUCUUAGAUGCUGAUAUGAACCCAAAAAUUGCUGACUUUGGAAUUGCAAGGCUUUUUGAGAUGGACCAAACUCAAGCUGAAACGAGCAGGAUAGUUGGAACCUAUGGUUAUAUGCCUCCAGAGUAUGCAAUGAAAGGUCAUUUCUCUGUGAAGUCUGAUGUCUACAGCUUUGGAGUCUUAGUUCUUGAGAUUAUAGCCGGCAAGAAGAACAAUGGCUUGGACCAGGACGGCAAUGCUAGAAACUUGGUCACAUAUGUCUGGAGGCUUUGGAGAGAGGGUUCACCAUCAGAGCUCGUGGAUCAGUCGGUUGGAGAGAAUUAUGACAGCAACGAAGUUACAAGAUGCAUCCAUACCGCGCUGUUGUGUGUUCAAGAAGAUCCUGCAGAUCGUCCUACCUUGCCUUCAAUUAUCUUGAUGCUCAGUAGUAACACGAUUACUCUACCAGUGCCUCGACAACCUGGAUUUUACUUCCAGAGUAGACGUGAUGAUUUUGAGGGAUUAGAACCAAGUCAAUCUACAGGAAGAUCGAUUCCUUAUUCUGUGUCGAUAACUGAUUUAGAUCCUCGUUGAAGAUGGAAGCAUUCUCUGUGUGUAAGUUUUGAGUGAUGCUUCUACAGUAAUAUCUUAUUUUGUGUGAGACUUGAAUAUUCAUGUGAGUUGUGUGAGAACUUCUGUUUAUACUGUAUCUACCUAUUUGAUGUGACUUGAAUAUGCAUCUUAAGUUCUGUUUUACUACACUUUUGCUGAAAUCAGACGGUUAGUUUAAUA